AUGGAAUCAACAUCCUCUGCUUCGACGUCAUCCACACCGGUCAACGAUCAACAGGCCAAUCAUUUAAAACCAAUUAUAAGAGAGAAGGGAUUAGGUGUCUUGUCAGUCAUUCCCGACAUUGGUAUUAUUGAAUUGAUGAUUCCAUAUUUGAGCAAGGCUGAAAUUUGUCAACUAGCACUUGUCUCAAAAACAUUUCUUGUGUUGAGUGAAGAUGACAAGUUGUGGAGACUCUUUGUGUUAAAUGAAUUUGAAGGCAACUUUUGGUAUCAGUUUUGUUGGAAAUAUACCUACAUUCACACAUGGUAUGCAAAACAUCGACCAAACACACCAUGUCCUUACACGGGAUAUACGUCCACUCUUUAUACACGAUGGUCUAAAAGUGGUUAUGACAUGAACCAAUUUGAAAUUCCCUUUUCACACAUUCAAAGAAUUGCAGCCGAUAGUAUUACCUACGAAGAAUUUGUAGAACGAUAUGCCAAAUAUCAAGUACCAGUCAUCAUAACUGGAGCUCUCAAUUCAUGGAAGGCAAUGGAAAAUUGGAAGUUUGAUAAUUUCUUGGAAAAGUAUGGAGAAGUAGAAUUCAAGACCGAUCAAGCAGUGUCACACUUGUAUCCUCAUUAUUCUGAACUUUAUCAGCAAUAUUUACAAGACAAGAAGGAUGGAAAGGAUCUCAGCAAAUAUGACAAUGAAAGAAGACAGGGAAAUAUUAAGAUCAAAUUUAGAAAUUACUAUCAUUACAUGCAUAACAAUAAGGAUGAAAAUCCAAUUUAUAUUUUUGACUCCAAGUUUGGAGAACGUGACAAGAGACUUAUUGAGGAAUAUGAAGUUCCUCAAUUUUUCAAAGAGGAUUUCUUUGAACAAUGCCUCGAUGAAGAGGAUCGACCACUCUUCAGAUGGAUUGUAAUUGGUCCUGCAAGAAGUGGAACUCAAUUUCACAUGGAUCCAUAUUUGACCUCAGCAUGGAAUGCAUUAAUUUGUGGAAGAAAAAGAUGGCUCUUUUAUCCAUUAAAUCAUGUAAGCGAAGAUUUGGAAGAAGCCAUCGAAGAAAUGAAACACGAAGAGCAGGAAAUCAUCAAAGAGAGAUUAAUGUUCGAGAAACAAAUCAAAACACAGUUACUCCAUGAAGGCAAGAUUGGCAAGAUUUAUGACGACGAAUUUGAAAUUAAGGACUCUAACAAACCCAUUCCAAGUUACGUGCCAUGCUCUGAACCUUUAGAGUGGCUUACCGACGAGUACUAUACUGCAAUCAAUCAAGGUAGAAGACCUUGGGAGUGUGUCCAAUAUCCAGGAGACCUCAUCUUUGUUCCAAGUGGAUGGUGGCAUAUGGUAUUGAAUUUGGAUGAUACCAUGGCAGUCACUCAAAACUUUUGUGAUUCCUCCAAUGCUCAUUUGGUCUAUGCCGAUGUAAUUAAGAGAAAUCCCAGAUUGGCCAAAUUAUUGAGAAGAGGUUUGGCAAGAAUUGGUAAAAUUGAUCUCAUUAAGCCAUACAUUUCUGAGGAGGAAUAUCAAGAUGCCAUCACCAAGGCCCAUGAAAAGGAUCCCAUGAAGUAA